AUGGCAAGAAUGGCUCAUUCUUCCUUUUCGUCUGCUUCUUCUUCUAAGAGAAACGCAAACCAGCGGAUCGAGGGAGCUUUUUCUCCUGAGAAGAAUAGUAUUUUGGAGAAGCUGCGGUCACUUAUGGGUGAGACCUUAGAUUUCAUCAUGAGGGAGGAAGAGAAGAAGGGUGCUGUGUCCUUCACUCAUGCGGAUCUCAUCACCACAACCGAGCAGGUUGACAAGGAAGGCAAACAUGACUAUGCCUUCGAGAUCUUGGAGUGGAUGGAUAGAAAGAAGAUGAGUUUUUCUCCCAAGGAGCUUCAACUUUUUGUUGGUAUUAUUGCCAAGGUUAAAGGCUUAGAUGCUGCUGAAGCCUACUUCAAGAAAGUAGACCCAAACUUCAAGCAGGGGGAUCCUGCUCGUUCCAAGAAUUAUCCAGCUUUCGCGAGACUCGUUAUUUUGAACCGUGAGUUUGAAUUUCAAAAUGGGGUAAGGCGAGCUGUUCGUCAGUAUCGCAAUGGCGUUGAGCUGGAUGAGAUUUAAACUAUUAGUUUGGUUGGUGUCUGUGUGGCUUUCAUAUGUACUCCUCCUCUUUUCCUUCUUUGUCAUCAUCUUCAUGCCUCUUUUGCUCA